AUGUUCAGCAAAGCUGAAGAGGAGGGGAUCAUGGAUAUUUUCACUCCUGGAAGCAUGUUCAAGCACUGUGAAAGUCUUAGCAUGAGUCUUUCAUCGUUGGAGAGAAAGAUCAGCAGCGUCGUCGAGUACAUUGACGUGUGCGGUUCUUGCGUCGGCGUCUUCGAUUUGCUUACUGAAGUUCGAGGCCAGUUUGAAAAAGCAGGAGACCCGCUCUACCGACACCACAUCGACACCAUGGCUACUCAGGCUAAAAAGGUCCGAAUGGGUACAUUUGUAUCUGACGACGAAAAGGAUGAAGAUUAG